AUGAAGACCCAGCAACCUCUUCAUGUGGCCACUCCAGUGAGGCAGAGCCUUGCCCUCACCAAAGUGGCUGGGACCUCUGUUUAUCUCAAGUUGGAUUCAUCUCAGCCCACAGGCUCCUUUAAGAUCAGGGGCAUCGGACACCUCUGCAAAACUUGGGCCGAGCGAGGAUGUGAGCGAUUUGUCUGCUGUUCAGGAGGAAACGCUGGCAUGGCAGCAGCUUAUUCUGCCCGGCAGCUCGGGGUUCCUGCCACCAUAGUUGUGCCAAGUGUCACACCGAACCUGACAGUGGAGAGGCUGAAGGACGAGGGGGCCACUGUGGUCAUCCAUGGAAAGGCUCUAAAUGAAAGCAUUGAAUACGGACAGCAGCUUGUGGCGAACAACCCCGGCUGGAUAUUCAUCUCCCCCUUUGAUGAUCCCCUCAUCUGGGAAGGCCACACGUCUCUGGUGAAGGAGUUGGAGCAGGACCUGAGGGAGAAGCCAGGAGCGAUCGUGCUGUCGGUGGGAGGCGGAGGCCUGCUGAAUGGGGUGGUGGAGGGGCUGCGUCGCGCCGACUGGGCUGACGUGCCCAUCGUAGCCAUGGAAACCAUUGGAGCACACAGUCUCAAUGCAGCCAUGAAGGCGGGAGAGCUCGUCACUUUACCUGCAAUCACUAGUGUCGCAACCACACUGGGCCUCACGAGGGUCUCAGCGCAGACAAUGAAGCUGGUGGGAGAGCACACAGUUUUCUCAGAAGUAGUCACAGACCAGGAGGCUGUGAAAGCCGUCGAACGCUUCGUAGAUGAUGAGAAGGUCCUGGUGGAGCCGGCCUGUGGUGCCGCUCUGGCAGCUGUGUACAGUGACGUUAUCAAAAGGCUGCAGGAUGAGGGCAAGCUGGCGCAGCGGCUGGGCCCGGUGGUCAUUGUGGUGUGCGGUGGCAACAACAUCAGCAUGGAGCAGCUGAAGAGGCUGAAAAAACAGCUCGGUAUUUUCUAGCGCUGCCUCGGGUCUCCCUGACCUUACCUCUCCUUCUCCAUCAGCUGGUUCCCUGAAAGCCCAUUAUUCAAUGUGCUCCAUAGACCGAAUCAUUCCAGACUGAAACUCUCAUGAGCACUGAGACUGAAAAAUAUGAGGGCGAGCUGCUGGAGGGAUUGUUUUUAUUUUAAAACUGUGUUGGAGCUAGUUUUUAACUACAGAGAAAUCUAUUAGGAAAGCAAAAAAUGUAAAGAAAAACUAUACUGACACAUUUAGGUUGUAUUUAGUAAGCUUGCUUUGUAAAAGUCCUUCU